GGAUUAAAUUGGAAUCUUUUUGUAUUUUAUAAAAGAUUAAGAAGUUUAAAAAAAAUACAUUUCAAGCCCAAUCUUUUUAAUCCCAAAUUUAAUUAGGUUUUGAUUUGAUGUGAUCCCACAAGUCACCUAUAAUAAUUUCAUAGUUGACCUUUAGUUAAAUCUUACGAGAAACAUAGAGUAAAAUAGUUAUUUCCAGCGAAUUCCCUUGGCGACACAACCGAAUUACAAAUAUUUUGAAGCUUCGAAUGUUUUGAUUCGUAAGUUUUCUAUUUCUUUCUCCUUCAAAACCUUGGAUUUGGCAAAAACAAGGAAAAUUUUGUUUUAGGAAAUCCGAAACAUUGUUAACGAACAACAUCUUUUAGAUUCGUACUGGGUUUUAUGUAUUUUUUUUAACGUUAGGUUUCUGUUUCUCUAUAUGUGAUUGGAUCAUGGUGCAUUUACUAUGUAGUGAAGUUGACUAGUCCAUUAAUCUGCUUUAAUUACUAGUUUGUUUUAAUUAUGAAUAUGUGAUUAUUGAGCUAUUUUGGAAAAAGGACCGUUUACACUUGUUAGUUCGCAAUUUUAUAAUGUGAGGAAUAUGCUAGAAAUUCACGAUAAACAUGAUCUGCUACACUGAGUAGAAAAUUUGCAUAUUAUUGUACUUUUUUUUUUGCUAGAUAAAGAUUUGAUUUUGUCAAUCUGCUUUUGGCAGAAAGCUAGCUAGAGGGUGUGAUGGGGUUCAGCAAAACUGAAGUGAACUUGAAGAGGUUACUUGUAACUGCACUACAACAGCAAAAUCAAGCAAAGCUUAUACAUUAUGUUGCCACUUUGCGUGAACUACUGGAGCAGUUGGCUGAAGAGAGGAAUCCAGAUGGAUUACCAAGAGUUUCAAAAGCCAAGGUGAACGAAUAUGCAGAGAACAUUGAAGCCGUUGCUGCCAAGUUAGCUGUGCCCAUGCCUGAUGUGCUUACACCUGAGGAACCUUUAGCUGAGACUUCCAGCUGUGGAACUCCUAAAGAAGCAGAAAGUGUGAAUUCUGCUUCUGAAGGAUUUAGAAGAAGAUUUGGGGUCCAUUCUAACAAUGAGGAGAGAUCUCGAGAUACCGUCGAUUCUGAUCAAUCAACUGCAGUCAAACUGGAUGAUGCUGCACGAACACAUAUUGAUAAGCGCAGGUGUUCUAUCUAUAAAUACUUUCCAUACUAAUAUUUAGACAGUUUUUUCAUGUUGACUUUUAUUUCACCUAGGGUUUUCCACAAUGUAUAUCUUUUCCAAAAAAAAAAAAAAAAAAAAAAAGAAACAGCUUUCCAUGUGUAAUUAAAAGAGACAGUGGAUUUGCACUCUUAAAAUGUAGUAAAGCUAUUAAAUUUAAGCAGAACAGGGCCCGUAGAAAGGAAGCAUGAUAAUCUUUUUCAUUUAAGAUACCCCAUAUCUUUCUUUUUUGUGUUCUUUACUAAGCAUAAGAGGAGGAGAAGAGCGAGGAAUCCUUUAUGAGCUCUGUCCACUUCUGUCUUUUUGUUGGGUUAUCAGUUAUAUGCUGUAUAGCUAACAUCUUAAAUGAAAAUAAGGGGCUAUUAUUACAAAUAUUUGCCUUUCUGAAGUCUCUUAAUGGUAGGUGGUGUAUUAUAGUUAAGUUGGCAUUUUGAAAUUGAUUGAGCUGAAGAGAAGCAUCUUUUACUUCAUUGUUCAUCUUUGUUUGUAUAGUAUCUUUAGAAUAUUUUGUGUUUUGAGUGCUCUGAAAUUGCAUAAAUUAUACAUACUACACUGACUCUUAGCUCCGAUGUUUUUUGUACCCCCACUGCCCAUUCUAUGUUUGAUGAACUUGACUACGAUUACCUGCAUUUUUUGGGGCUAAUUUUUAGUGUAGUUUGAAGAAUCCACAAGAAAUACCCACGCACAUGGCACACUCCGCUUGACACGUGUACAUCAAAAUAAAUGAAUGGUCAAUGUAAUAGAGCCCAUUAGUCUCCAAUACCUUUUGCUUAAACUAGAAGUGAAGUCUUCAUACUGAUCGAAAAUUUCCUUUUGUUAAAGGUGGGAGCCACUGCAAAAAUUGGUUUGAUCAACAUCAUAGGAAGGAGCUUUAAUGUUUCUUUCAUAGAAUUAAUGCAAAAAAGAAAGGGCCCAUGCAAUUGAAAAAUUAUAAAUCCACAACUUUUUUACGCUGUAUGGAUAACAUACUAACAAAGCUAGCUUAAGGUUGAAAUUAGCAUUUACUAAACUAGUCCAAUUCUUGAAAUGCUUUUGUGAACGGAUGCCAAUAAUUGGUGCAACUUAGUUGCUAAGAACGAGAUAAGGAAAAGAAGGUAUGCGCUGUAAAUUAGAUGUAGAGAAAGCAGAUGACCAUGUGAACUGGUCAGUUUUAUAACCUACCUUUAUCAAAUAAAAUAAAAAAACCGGUUAGUUUUAUGUUCAGACUAGGUUUGUCGUCUUAAUUGUAGUUUAAGAUGGUGUUUUUCAUCUGCAAUUAUGAUACUUAUACCUACAUUUUGCUACUAUGUUUAUGUUUGUCUAGUCUUUCUCUUUUGUAGGAGAAAAGUAAAAAAGAGAAAUUAAUCACUUGUGCAAAUUUUUUUUUCUGGGAGAGGUGAGGGUAGUUGGGUGGAGUCUCCUCGAUCAAUUCUCAGAUGGUUUCAUCUUUUGCAAGAAACUUCAGGAGGACUUGAUUGAUGAAAUGGUUGUUUUGGCAUGGCAGCUCAAAGAGAGUAGUCUCAUGAUGAAUCAAUCUAUCCAAAAUACAGAGAAAAUACUUGAUUCAACUGAGAAAGCAGUUGAGCAUAGCCUUGCAAGUACAGGGCAUGCAACUUCCAGCGCCAUGGACGUGUAUUCGCGGAGUUUCAAGACUACAUGCUUCCAAUGGCUUUUGAUCUUUGUUAUGACUUUAGUCUUUGUCAUGGUUGUAUUACUUAUACGAGUGACUUAGCAGUCGACGUCCCCUUUGUUAGUGGAGUGGAGAUAUGACUAAACUCUUGCCUUUUUGCUAUCUUUGUAUAGUAUCAGAAGAUACUUCAUCAGCCUUGAUCAAAAAAAAAAAAGUGUAGCAAAGUUAUUAGGGGGUUGGGUGGAGGGGACACAUGUUCAGAAGUUAAACAUUUCUUUCGAUGCUGAUGUGCAAAACACCUGCAUUACUAUACUUUUUUUUUUUAAAUUACCUUUAUAUAAAUUUAAUUCGAUAUGCUUUAUGUUGGAUA